AUGCAGCAAAAUACGCCUCAGCAGCCGCAGGUUCUCAUGGUCGGCCCCGCUGCCGCCAGCGCCGCCGCUGCUGAUGAUGGCUCUGGCCGUCGAGCGUGCGACCAGUGCCGUCUCCGCAAGAUUCGCUGCGACAAGGACUGGCCUUGCGCCAAUUGUCGAACAGCCAAGCGACCAUGUACAUCCACUGGUGCUGGCCAACGCCCCAAAGAACCCCGUCAACGUGUUCUCAUCUCUUCUCAAUAUGAGCGCAAGAUUGACCAAAUAGAGUCGCGCCUCGGGAGCAUCGAGACGCUUCUCAAGAAUCUCUCCAUGUCGGGCGUCCCCAGCGACGCAACCAGCCGCAUCAUCUCCACUCCGCAAACGGGAAGCAGCGGCCCGACAUGCGAGUCCACGGCCGAUUUUGACAGCAGCGAGGAGGACGCAGCUUUUGGCGGCGACUCGGGCCUGACCGUUCACACAGCUUUUGCCAGCGAGUUCCUCGAGCGCGCCGUCAAACGGACGUCGCUCCGUUCGGCCAAUCCUAAAAUGGAGGCGGCCCUGGCGAAUCUUGGCCAGCUCGUCGAGAUGCAGCAGAGCCGUCCGGAGCACCGGCCCCGAUUUCCGCUGCAAAGAGCUGUUCCGCCUGGUGGUGUUUCCAAACUGCCUCUGCCACCCAUGGCUUUGGUCGUUGAGCUGCUCAAGAAAAAUAAAGGCUCUCCGGUUACUCUAUUCACAAUCAUGUGUGACUUGGUUGGCGUCACUGACAUUACGACCCUGUGUCGAGCCGUGUACUUUCCCACCGAAGACGUGUCUGAUGCCACAUUUGCUGUCGUCAGCGCUCUUCUCUACAACUUGUUCCUGGAGCAGCACUCCCUCUCUUCAGAUCCAGCUGUGAGGGAGGAGUACAACCGCCAUUUCCAAUUAUGCCGCGCAAACCUUGAAACGACACUUGCCAACCUACCCAUGCUCUUAUCCGCAAAGAUUGACAAUGUUCAAGCACUGUUACUCGGGAGCCUCUAUGCCGUCGACGUCUCCCGCCCGACCGUCGCCUGGCACUUUGCUUCCGCCGGCGCCCAGCUCUGCCUCACCGGCGGCUUCCACCGCCAGGACAGCCUCGCGCACGACCCGCCGGAAAUAUCGCGUAUCAAGCGCAUCCUCUUCUGGCACAUCUACACCCUUGACAAGGGUCUCGGCCUGCGCCUCGGCCGCGCCUCCGUCAUCCACGAAUGCGACAUUGAUAUUCCCCGCGUCUUCGAGUUUGAUCUUCUCGACUCUGGCGGCGCCGACACCGUGCCGACCAUGUGGGUCGAAAUCUCGGGCCUGCAGAGCGUCAUCUAUGAGCAGCUGUACAGCCCCGCGGCGCUGCACUGUCCGCAGGAGGAGCUGGUGCAGCGCGCGCGCGCCUUGGCCGAGCAGUGCCACAAGCUCGGUGUGCGUGGCGACCAGGCGCGUAGCAACGCAUACAGCUACAUCAAGCAGAUGAACAUUUCGGACGUGGUGGAUGUGUUUAUUCGUGGUGACGAAGUGCAGUACUACGUUACGCAGACGCUCAUCUACAGAGUCAUCCCGGCGCCGGAGCGCUCUGUGAGUCGCUUCUGCGACGAGUGUUUGGAGGCAGCACGCAGGGCCAUGAGUGCGCACCAAGACUGCGCGCGCUUAAUAGACCUCGGGAGUUUUGUCAAGACCAUCUACGUCCACUGGAACCUCCUCCUCACACCAUUUGCCCCCUUCUUCGUGCUCUUCUGCUACGUUAUCGAAACGUCCUCGGCCGACGACCUCAAGAUCCUCAAGGAGUUCGUGGCCUCGCUCGCCCUCGCGCGGGACUCGUCCGAGGCGGUGGAGAAGCUGUACCGGCUGUGCCAGGUCAUGUACGACGUGCUGACGCUGUACGUCGAGGCCAAGUCGUCGCAGCAGCAGCAGGACAGCACCGGCGGCGGCAGCCACGGCGGCGUCGUGCCCAUCGGGGACGAGUUUGAAAUGUACCUCAGCCAGCUCGGCCUCAUGCCCAUGGAGGACCAGGCCAUGACGGGCCACGAUGCGAGCGCAGCGGGCGUCCAGGGUGGGACGACGACGGCGGCUGGUGGGGGCCAGGUGCCGCACAAUCCGCAGGUCGCGCAGAUUGCGGACUGGUUCGUCAACAACCGCAACAUGAUGGGCCUGCUGGAGGAGGACCUGUCGCACAUUGAGUCCUACCGCUGGCUGCAGCCGGGGGCGGCGCAUCUGCAGCAGCAGCAACAGCAGCAGCAGGCGGGACAGGUGCCGGGUGCGGGAAGCGGUCCGGUGCAUGGACACCAUCAUACCGGUUCCAUGUAA